CUUACAUAAGGCUAGUAGGUUUCCUCAUCUUCAACCUCAAUUCUCAUCGUCGCGCAUCUUCCCCUCGUGAGUGCGGUCGGCCGAUGUUGGGGUCUCACCCACGUUAGCGGGCCUAAAGUUUUCUGACCAGUACUUUGUUACCAUGCUCCCUCAACUCUAGCUUAGGGUCAGCAAUUUAAAACGUUUCUUUCGCCCCGUGUAGGAUCUCCCGUGUCAAUAAAUCGUCGGCAGGGCUAUGUCGUCUGAAUCCAAAGUGUACAAGAAGCGGCCGCACCGGAAGGUGAAGAGCGGGUGUGCUACCUGCAAGCGUCGGAAGAUAAAAUGUGACGAGGAGAAGCCACAGUGUUCAAAUUGUGUUCGAUACUCAGCCGAUUGUGUCUACCCCUCACCCCCCUCGUCAGAUUACAUUCGAGAUCAGGCUUCAACUUCAACAUCAAACACACCUCCUCUAGUCCAAACACCUGAGAGUUUAGUUGAAGAGCCUCCUGUGCCUCAGUGUCCUCCUGGGUCUCACGACUUACCCCUCCGCGAUUUGUCUCUACUUCACCAGUGGACCAUCUCGACCUGCUAUGGCUUUGGUGACAACUUUCCAGGAGAUGCGGAGCCCUGGCAAGUCGAUGUGCCUAAGCUUGGGCAGCAGUUCUCUUUCCUCAUGAGAGGGAUCCUUGCGGUGUCGGCCCUCCACUUAGCUCGGCUAUCGACAGACCACACGGUGAAAAUGAGAUACAUCCAGCUAGCAGCCUAUCAUCAAGAUCUUGCGCUCCCCGAGUAUAGGAAUGCGAUUACGAACGUUUCUGAAAAGAAUGUCCACGCUAUCCUCGCCUUCUCCGCAUUAACAACUGUCUACUCAUUCGCAGCCCCGAAGGAUGCCGGCUCCCUUUUCGCUGACGGGGCUCCGGAGUGGGUCUUCCUACAUCGAGGCGUUGGCGACAUACCUCCUUCAUGGCAGGGUUGGAUCGAUAAUGGACCGAUGGAUCAACAAAUGCACCGUCGCAGAGUUCAACCUGUCGAAUACACUUUAAACCCGGAAGACUAUCGACUCGUCGGUCUUCACGGGUUCCUCACCAACCUCCCUGCAGAAGAGCAAAUCGAAGGGGUUCACUACGAUAAUGCACUUCAUUGGCUUCGGCAGGCCUUUGCUCUCACAUAUUCUCCUGAAAGUAGGAUAGGUCCGAAGUAUGGGGUUCUCUUCUGGGUCGAGAAGGUGGACCAAGGAUACCUCGAGCUAUUGGGAUUGCAGAGACCUCGCGCUCUUAUCCUGCUAGCACACUGCUGCGUCUUGUUGAAGAGGGCAUCCGGCUUUUGGUACUUAGACGGGUUUGCGGAACAUGUCCUUAAAGAGAUGAAGCCGUGUCUGGCGGACGAAUUCCUCCCUUGGAUUGAGUGGCCUUUACAGGCCUGUGGUUUGUCCUGAAAAUUCGGCGGCAUCUGCAUUCUUAUUCGCCAGUCGAUGAAUCCGGUCUCCAGGACUAGAGAUGGCUCACUCCGUCGAAGGAUCUCGUUAUUGGGAGUGCAUACCAGUAUUGACGGAAUCUCGCGGAUUCCUUCGAGGCCCCGACAGGUGGGAAGUGUAUAUCGGUGUUCCGAUGCCGACCGAAUUACAAGCACUGAAUACGACACUUGCGCUCGAAGGAAAAGUUCAGGCCAAUACGAUCCGCCUGGCGCAACGUGGCGACAGCAAGCCACAAAAUCUGUUGGCAU